CGGCGUCACGGCGGAGCGCCGGGUGCCGCUGCGCCUGCGCUGAGUGUCGGUCCGCGGGGUGCGGCCCCGCCGGGUGCCGUGGGAGGCAGCGACAGGAUGCGGGGCUGCGCAGAUACUCUGCAAGUGAAUGAGAACUUUCCAUGGAACUGAGCUGAAGAACUUCACUAUGGGUCAACAGAUUUCAAGCCAGACACAAACUGUAAUGAACAAGUUGCCAGAAAAAGUAGCAAAGCAUGCUGCUUUGGUUCAAGAAAGUGGUUUUCUAACCUAUGAAGAGUUUCUAGGAAGAGUAGCUGAACUUAAUGAUGUUACCGCAAAAUUAGCUUCUGGACAAGAGAAACAUCUGUUAUUUGAAGUGCAGCCUGGUUCUGAUUCUUCUGCUUUCUGGAAGGUGAUCGUUCGGAUCAUCUGUACUAAAAUAAAUAAAACAAGCGGCAUUGUGGAAGCUUCGAGAAUCUUGAACUUGUAUCAGUUUGUUCAGCUUUAUAAAGACAUCACCAGUCAAGCAGCAGGGGUUCUUGCGCAAAGUGGUACUUCUGAAGAAGCUGCUGAGAGUUUGACGUCUGUGUCAUCAUCCCAGGCCAGCUUAUGGAUGGGAAGGAUUAAGCAGCCAACAGAUGAAGAUGAAUGUUGCAUUUGCAUGGAUGGACGUGUUGAUUUGAUCUUGCCGUGCGCUCACAGUUUCUGCCAGAAGUGCAUUGAUAAAUGGAGUGAUCGUCACAGGAGCUGUCCUGUCUGCCGUCGCCAAGUAACUGGGGCAGGUGAUUCUUGGGUGGUUUCAGAUGCGCCUACAGAGGAUGAUAUCGCAACUUACAUCCUUAACAUGGUAGAUGAGGUGGGCCAGCCUCUGAGGCCCUGACACUGACCAACAAGCUGACAAGAGUAGAAGCACUUGAAGCUUUUGUUGUCACCAACGCCUGGUUUUACCUCUUGUCAUUCAUCCAUAGUCUCUCUCUUAAGUCUUCUUGGCUGCUGUGAAUCUGUGUUACACUUGUAAGACACAUGGUAUGUGAGCCAGUAUAUGUGUGUGCAGUCUUAACGUGUACUUUCAGUGAAACCUUUAAACAUUUACAGAGGUUAUUUUAACAAUAACUUUGGAUCUUAACAUUCUGACUACUAGAUGAAGCUAUUUUACAAUAGUGCAGCUCCAGCUGCUAACUGCUGUUUGAACAUCACAGUGUACUGCUGCAAGAGGUGUGCACCAUCCAGAUGGAUUGACCUCAGCAGACUUAUCCGUAACAGCGGUCCGUUUUAGAUUCAUGACAAACAUGAAUGAAGAUGAGUUAGGCUAGUUAUUACUUGUUUGAAAUUUUACUGCUGAAACUUGAAAGGACUACCUGUUCUUCAGUUUGCCAAUUACUGCAUCGUUUAGUGUUUACAGAUAAUGAUUUCAGUUCAAUCUGCUACAAGUUUUAGUAUUAAUAAUUUAAAUCUGUUUGGGAGGCCGUAGACAUCUUUGUAAAUGUACAUUUUCCUCUAUUCUAACUAAAUAAUCUCUGUUUCAAUUUGAUGUUUAGCAUGGUCUCAUUAGCUUGAAACCAUUAAACAGUUUCACAGACAAUCCUAAAAAAGUAAAUCUCUUCCUAUAGUUUUUGAUCGGGAACAGCCAGAAUUAUUGUUAAGCAUCCGGCGUAUCUGAAGGAGUGUCUUUAUUCACAUUAGCAGUUCAGUUGUAGUUUAGCCUGGUGCUGUGGUUUUAUUUGCUUCCUGGGUGGUUUCAAAGCAGUGAAGUGAGAAAUACUAAGGAAGGCAAGGUGAUAAUCUAACGUGCUGUGCUGUAUCUCUACAAGUGCAGUAUGCUUUUAUGUAGCAGAGAGAAACUUCUGCUUGGAUAACAGUUGUUACAUUACUUGACUUCAUCGAGUUAGACACGUGAAAAGGGACAUUGAAGCAGAGCACAGCAGUGUAUUUGUCUAGCAGAGGUGAGUCUUGGAAGAGCUGAGUUGAGGUAGUCUAAAACAAGUAGUCUAGUUAUUAUUAUUAUUCAGAAGCCUUUUGGCUUCCUUAACAUUGUGGAAACCGACUGCUAUUGUAGAGAAUGAAUAUAUAUAUUUUUGAUAUUAACAGAGACUACUCUUUUUAUCUUGAGGCUGUUGAGUGAGAAAUAUUCCAGUGUAUCAUUUUAGGGCAUAUCGGCAUCAAUGUUGCUUACUUUAAGACUGGAUCUUUAAUUGCAAUACUUGUUUAAAUUUGAUAAUGCUAUAAGACUUAGGCCUUUUGUCAGGGAAUUGUUCUCACCUAAAAGGCUCGUGCACACAUGGAUAUGCAUGUUUAGGUUAUUUGUUUUAAUUGGCUGCUACAGAAUGACUUAAUCACAUCAGCGACCAAAUCUUGGGAAUUUCUCUAUUUUAUUUCUUGCUAACAGCAGAUGGCACUCAUUUGAGCUUGCCUUGUGACACAGUUGUCAAAUUUAUGACAUUAAGACAGAUAAGCAAAGUACUCUUAUUGUAUCAUCUAAAAGCCAAGAUAGCAAAAUGUGUAAAUCUUUGUUUAAUUGUUUGAAAAUUAAUUUAUGAAUGUAUAUAGUUGAGAGCUAUUUUUCUUUUUUCCCUUUGUUAAUCUUUUGAUGUCAGUGAGAUAUUCAGAUGUACGGACUGCUUGGUUGGGCUGGAAACCAGUAAUGGUCAGGGAUUUUCCACUCAAAUACUUGCAAAUAUUCUUCAUCACACACCGGUUUGGUUCCACUUUGCUUUCUGAGCUUGUAUUAAUCCGUAUUCAGAACACUGGAGUUUCUAAGGUGUUUUUUAUAUUUCUGGAACAGAAAAAGCAUCUAAAUAUGCUUCAAGCUAACUUUAUUUUUCAAGUCUUUUGAAAAUUGUACUUCUGAGCUUUUAUAAGUUGACUUUCUGCUGAGAACUUACAUGAACUUACUAGUAAAAUGUAAUUUUGUAAUUAACGCAAACAAAUUGUAGCACAAUGACACUUGCAAAUACGAUAUAAAACAAUGCAAAAAUUAAUUAAAUAGUGAAAAGUAAACUUUGUAUUCUGUACAGCUUUUUUUAAUUAAGUUGCGUAUAAGUCAAGUGGUUGUGAUGUAGGUAAUGUGUGCCUUGUAAAAUGUACUGUAUGUUAUAUGGGACAGUAGAUACCGUAACACUGAAAACCCAGUAAUUUGGUCCAGGCGGUGUUUCCUAGUCUGAACUAUUACGUUUGGCAAACAGUUUCAGGAAGGGAAUCCCAGCAGAGGGGGCAUGGCAGUGGGUUCCAGGAGCUAGACCUUCACAUGGGGAUCACUGUGAAUAACUUUUGGUGGGGGGGCAUUAAAACUGAUCUCUUGUACUAAAGUGGAGAUUUCUUACAGACUUAAAGUGAAAUUGUAAUUUAAGCAUUGCAGAUUGUAUUAAUAGCUAAGGACAUUUUGGUAUACUAAAAUUUAUGUGUGAAUUGUGCAAUAAAGUUACUUUGAAAGAAA